CCAAAAUCUCAGCACAUUUAAGGUCCAUUUAAAAAUGAAUCCUUUCUCUUGGGCCUAUGCUUAGCUGUAAGAUGUGUGGUGUAUGCUGAUACAGUGCUGUGGUUUUUCUGUAUUUUUUCAUGUAUUAAUUUUUUUUUAACUUUAUGCAAUGUUGUAUCUUAUCUGUCUUUUAAUUUUAUUCUUGUAUAUUUUUUAUGCUAGAUUAUAAAUUUUAUUUGAUUAACUUGGAUGAAUUUAUUUCAUCAGGGUUAUUUAAACCCUUCCAUCUCACCUUAUUUCUUCUUCUUCUUCUACUUCUUCUUCAUGUUUUUUUUUUCCCUUUAAAUAACUGAAUAUUUUUUUUUUCAUUUCAUAAUAAAAGGGAAAAAUGGAAUGAAGUGUUUUUUAGGGUAAAGAAAUCCAAAUCAUGUGCGUUCUACCCUUACAUAUUUUUGCAUUUUGUUGAACUUGCAUUGUCCUCUCCCUCAGUUUGGGAAUUUGGUUUUGCAUAUUCAUUUGUGUGCUGCUGUCACUGAUAAUUUAAUUCCUGUAGAAUUGUCAGAGCUGAGCUCAAACACACCACGGUGAGGGAAGAUGGCUGUUCUGUCCUUCCUCCUGCUGCUGGCACUAACAGAUGCAGCCAAAGGUCUGUUCUGGAGAAAAUAUGUUCACUGCAAUAUACCUUUGUCCUGGACUGAUGCUCAGACGCACUGCAGAGAUAAUUAUGUAGAUCUGGCAGUUAUUGAGACACAAUGGGAAUUCUACAGUUUCGUAAAUCAAACGAGUAGUCAGAAAUCUGACCAGUGCUGGAUCGGCCUUAGAAAAAAUAGAAGUGAGCCAGCUUUUACACAGUGGUCUAAUGGAAAAGUACUGAACUUCAAAAAGUGGAAAAAUGGGCAACCUGACCGUCCUGACACAGAAGACUGUGUGUUUACUGACAAUAAUGAGUGGCACGAUGAAGUUUGUACACGAACUAAGAACUUUUUCUGCUACACUUGGGCACCUCAGAUGAUCGUGGUGCAGGAGAUGAAGAACUGGCACGAGGCUCUGGUGCACUGCAGAACGCACUACACUGACCUGGUAAGUCUCACCACGGACACUGAUCACGUUCUGGCCAAGAACAGCAGUAUGGAAAUUCUUACUCCCACUUUCUGGACCGGUCUACGCUUCAUGGAUGGCUCAUGGUUCUGGGUGAACCGGGAUUAUAUGUCGAGCCCGACUUCAAUGCCUUCAUGCCCCGCCUGGCCUUACCGGUGUGGAGCGAGAAACAUUAGAGAUGGUGUCUGGGAGAACAGAGACUGCGAGGAGAAAAUGAACUUCAUUUGCUACCACUACAUUUGAAUUCAUUUAUAAGAUGAAGAGGUUCACUGCAAUGAAGACCGGCACGAGACGACGAAGAGAUGAAGGACAGAGAUUCUGAGCGGAUUAAUAUCAAUGAAACAGCAUUUAAUAUUCUAUUCUGAAUUAUUUCACUAGAAUUGUUACUCCAGUACUCAAUAUUUACUCCAAUACUAUCUUUAACUGCUAAAUUAUGUUACAGUAAAUAGUUUUCUUUAGUAGAUGUGUUUUUAUUUUAUUUUAAUCCACUGUAAGGCAUACUGUAACCUUUGCCCAUAGGUAUGAUAUACUACAUGCUAUAAGAUAUGAUGUGUUAUAAGCUUUUCCGAGUUCAUGAAAGGAUAUUUGUAUUUUAUCCUCCACUGUAAUGAUAAUAAACAUUAAAUAAAAUGGUGAAGUUUAAAGUUUUGUCAUGAAAUUGAAUUAAAUUCUUACUUGCAUGUUGUAAAAUUAAGACAUAUUGCACAACUGCUCUCUUGACUGAUGCCAGAGUAUUAAGAUUACUGCAAAACUCCA